AUGCUGACGCCUUCUCUUCUCCUCUCCCCUCCUCAUCCCAAUAGAACUUAUGCGAUCAGGCGAAUAAGAGAUGCCUUCAGAGAAAAUAAGAAUGUAAAGGAUCCUGUAGAAAUUCAAACCCUCAUGAACAAAGCCAGAAGAGAUCUGGGAAUGAUCCAGCGACAGGUGCAUAUCGGCCAGCUAUACACGGCGAACAAGCUGGUCAUCGAGAAUCAAGAGAAGCCCAGGACUUAGGGAACCGGGACCAGCCUGGAAGCCUCACUACCUACAGCCUCCACCCUGUGCUUGGGAGCCGGCUCCCUCCAACCCCCAAGUGGUCUCUUUCAUCAGCUUUAAGCAGCCCCUUGCUCCACCCUUGCUCUCCGCAGGAGCUGACAGACCGAGCAAGGUGCCCCUUCUCCCGUGGCCUUCCUGGCAAAGGCUGCUGCCUCUAGGCUCCUCGACAGAAUGAAGAGCCAGGGCAGCCUCACCCGGCAGGCCUCGCUGUAUCUGCUCCCCUUCCCUCCCCUCCCUCCGCGCAGCUCAUGACCACUCACAGCGGCCAUGGCCAGACUUUGCUUCCCAGUCCUUGAAAUAAACAGGAGCAUCUCCCAGCAUUUUCCACACCA